UAACUUCUCGUUGAUCGAGAAGCAUUUCCUAGACACCAUGUUGAACUGGAUGAAGCAGACUGUGGGUCUCACAGACCACAACUACGGACCUGAAGCCUGCCAUUCCGUCGCCGAGCAGACGAAAGAAACUCCAUACACAGAGCUUACAAGAGAUGACUUGGCAUGGGAGAUUCUGAGCGGCACAAAUGUCGAGACCAAGACCUUCUACGUCGUUGGAGACAAUGGACACAUCGGUAUGGCUCAGGUCAUCUACAGCGAUGUCAGGGGUGUACGAACGACGGCACAAUUCAGCAGCAAGGUCUUUGCAAAAGAGGCCGGGAAACCGCACAUUUGGGCGUCAGACAACCUCGACAAAUUCGAGAUCUCCAAGGAUAAGCAGAACUUCAAGGCGAAGAAUGUCUCAAUGGAUCUGACCGAGGAUGGCAAGAGCUAUAUCAUCAAAUCGAGUGUGAACAAGAAUUCGAUCGUUGACUUGAAGUUCACACAGUCUGCACCCGGCGUGGUCGUGGGCAAGGAUGGUGUGACACGAUUUGGAACCGAUAUCCAGCAGCCGUGGGGUAAGAUGAAGCACGCGUUUUGGCCAAGAUGUCGGGUGGAGGGAACCAUCUUGACCAAGGAUGGACCGGUCGACAUGAAGGGAGUGGGUAUUUUCAUCCAUGCACUUCAAGGCAUGAAGCCUCAUUUUGCUGCCUCCAAAUGGAACUUCAUCAACUAUCAGUCACCUGCUACCUCCGCCAUCAUGAUGGAGUUCACCACGCCACCCUCGUACGGAUCGACAGUGGUAAACGUGGGCGUGAUUGCGAAAGAUGGCGAGAUCAUCUGGGCAGGAGCAUCACCGGACACCAAAGUGCAGCACACCGAGAUCAAGGGCGACAAGGAGAACGACUGGCCCGAGCCAAGUGGCGUUUCUUGCUCGUGGGACGGCAAGACCAAGGACGGCAAAGACCUCCAUGCCGAGAUUGUCAGCCCUAUCACAAGAUCAGAUCGCGUCGAUGUCAUGGGAGAAGUUCCGAAAUUCGUCAAGCAGAUCGUAGCAGGCGCAGCGGGCACGAAGCCAUACAUCUACCAAUACGAGCCCACGCUGAAGCUGAAGCUGAAUAUUGGCGGCGAGGAGAAGAUCGAAGAAGGGCGGCUGUUCAUGGAGGCCACCUUCAUCUCGUAAGGUACCAGAGCUUGUAGAUGUUGUCAUCACAGUUGGCAUAGUGGAGUUGGCGCUGGUGGAAGCUCUGGUGAGCAGUAAUGGAUAUGAUCCCCAUAACAUACUUCCAGCUUGAUAUGAUGAGCAUACGUAAUGACACGAGAAUAGACUUGAAGUACCAUGCG